UAGUUUUGCAAAAAGCAUGUUGAAAAAAAAGAUUACUCCGUCUUAAAUAUUUUUAACAAAUAAAAACGAAAGAUGUAUUCGAAUCAAGUCAAAGCCACACUAAAUAAUGCCCUCUUGAAAAGGAAGUGUCAUAAUGUCUACAACAAUCACCGUCUUAAUGAUUUUCCUCAAACUUAUCGGCCACAAGAUGUCGAACGGGGUUGGUACGAAGUAUGGGAGAAAAAUAAAUAUUUUCGACCAAAAGAGGAAGCUGAGAAGAGUUUUACAAUGAUUUUGCCACCACCAAAUAUCACUGGAACUUUACAUUUGGGUCAUGCUCUUACUGCUACAAUUCAGGAUGUUUUAGCUCGUUGGCACAGAAUGAAUGGAGCUUCAGUAUUGUGGGUUCCAGGCUUGGAUCAUGCUGGAAUAGCCACUCAGGCUGUGAUUGAGAAAUAUUUAUACAAAACAAAAGGCAUUAAAAAGUCUGACAUGUCCAAAGAACAAUUCCUAGAAGUUGUUAAUCUGUGGAAGAAUGAAAAAGGUCAAGUUAUUGAGGACCAGCUGAAAACCUUAGGAGCCAGCUUAGAUUGGCUAAGGGUGUACUUUACCAUUAGUGAUCAUCAUAAUACUGCAGUGACAGAAGCGUUUAUCACACUAGAUAAGAGAAAUUUGUUGUAUAGAGAAAAAAAGUUGAUCAAUUGGUCUUCAACCUUAGGGAGCGUACUGUCUGACAUAGAAGUUGAUUUUGAAACUUUGAAAAAAAAGACAGACCUUGAAAUACCUGGCUAUGAUAAGAAAGUUACUUUUGGACAGAUUUAUGAAAUUUCUUAUAAUCUCAAGGAUUCACAUGAAAAGUUAAGUGUUGCCACAACCAGGCCAGAAACGUUAUUAGGAGAUGUUGCACUUGCUGUACAUCCAGAUGAUACUCGUUAUACGCAAUUCAUAGGGAAACAAGUGAAACAUCCAUUGAAGGAAGCUUACUUACCUAUAAUAGCAGAUAAAGGAGUCAAAAAAGAUUUUGGCACUGGAAUUGUCAAAGUAACUCCAGCACACGAUGAAUUUGAUUAUUCCAUAGCCAAAAAUCACAAUCUUGAAAUAAUAGAUAUAAUUAAUGAAGAUGGUAAAUUGACUGAUCAAGGUGGAAGAUACAAGGGAUUGCCAAGAUUUAUAGCCAGAAAAAAAAUUCUAACUGAUCUAGCUAAUAUGGGGUCUUUGGUAUCAGUUAAGGAUCAUGAAAUGCAAGUUCCUAGAUGUUCAAGAACGGGAGAUGUUAUAGAAUUAUUAUUAAAGGAGCAAUGGUUCAUUAAAUGUGAAGAAAUGGCUGCAAGGGCAUUCAAGGCAGUUAAAAAUGGAUCUCUAAAGCUUGAUCCUGCAUUUCACGAAAAAACGUGGUUUGAUUGGCUUUCUGAAACGAAAAAUUGGUGCAUUUCUCGACAAUUAUGGUGGGGUCAUCAAAUACCAGCCUUUUACUGUGAUAUUGAUGGAAAAACUACGUGGAUAGUAGCUAGAUCCAAGGAAGAGGCUCAAAUAAUAGUUAGAGAAAAAUUGUGUGCCGAUGUUGAAGUACAUCAAGAUAGCGAUGUUCUUGAUACAUGGUUUUCAUCUGCUCUAUUACCGUUUUCUUCUUUAGGCUGGCCUACCAAAGCAUUCAAUUAUAAAAAGUACUAUCCAUUGAACUUAAUGGAAACUGGUCAUGACAUUUUAUUCUUCUGGGUUGCAAGAAUGGUUAUGCUUGGGCUUGAGCUGACUAAAGAACUACCUUUCAAAGAAGUUUUAUUGCAUGGAGUCUUAUGUGAUGCACAAGGAAAGAAAAUGUCUAAAAGUCGUGGAAAUGUAAUUUUUCCAGAAAAUGUUAUUAAUGGAAUCACUUUAGAGAAAUUGAAUGAGCAAGCACAAAAUAGUUUUGAGACAGGUAUAUUGAAUCAAACAGAAUUAAAAAGAACAUUGUCCAUUAAUACAAAAAUGUUUUCGAAUGGCAUACCGCACUGCGGAGUGGACGCUUUACGUUUCACAUUAUGUGCUCAUAACAUCAAAGAGCGAACGAUAUCCUUCGACAUUGUCGAGUGUGAACAAAAUAAAUUCUUUGGCAACAAAAUUUUGCAGGCCAGUAGAUACGCAUUAUUAGUGACUGAUGACGAGCCUAUGCCAACUCCUAGUUACUUUACGCCAAUAGAUUUGUGGAUAAGAAGUCGAUUAGCUUGGAUGGUGGAAAAUGUGAACCGCCAAAUCAGUGAACAUAACUUUUCUAAGGCUGUUGCAGCUAUUAAGCAAUUUGUUUACUAUGAAUUCUGUGAUUACUAUGUUGAAGGAACUAAGCUUGGGUUUAAAUCUGGAGAUCAAAAUAUUAUCCUCAGUCACAGGCAUACUCUAGCACACUCUUUAGAAAUUUCAUUGAGGAUAAUGGCGCCUAUAACUCCAUAUCUAUGUGACGAUUUAUAUUCAAAGUUGUCAAACAAAUUGUCUAAUUUCAAAUUUAACAAUUCACUGCUUGAAAGUUCUUAUCCUACUGUACAUGAGGUACAAGAAUUGCGCAACAUACCUUUAGAGAAAAAAAUGAGUGAAGUUAUUAAAGUUAUUUUAUCUAUUAGAACAUUACUGGGUAAUGUGACUAAGAAAAACGAUGUAGGAGGUAUUAUUGUUGUAAAUAACGCAGAUGAUCUAAAGUUAUAUUUAGAUAAUAUAAAUGUUAUUACUGCAGUUAGUAAGCUGCAAAAUGUACAGAUUAUUCAUGCAGAAAAUUAUAAAAGACUGGAUAAUAGUAUUUGUGAUAGUUUCAAUCUGAACUGUACUGUUUAUCUUGUGUUUAAUGACGACGCUUCCCUUGAACAAGCAAAAAAAAAUAUUGAAAACAAAAGAUUAAAAGCCAAAAAAAAAUUAGAAAUAAUGGUGAAAAAGCAUUCAAAUACAUCAGAUGACGAGAAAGUCAAGUUCCAGAAAAAAAUUUCCACUCUUGAAGAAGAAUUGAAAAGGAUACCACUCACUGCACAUUAAAGGAUUUCGUGUUGUAAAUAAUUAAAAAAAAAUUUUUUUUUAUUAUAAAAUUAUGAACGUUUUAAUAAUACUCUA